GGGUGGUGGCGCCGCGCCGCGGCCAUGGAGGAGUUCCGGCGGGCCUACGCGCGGCUGUGCGCGGCCGGCGGCGCGGCGCCGCAGGAGGCCGUGCUGCGGCGGCUGCGGGAGCUCGGCGAGGCGCCGGGCCGCGGCCGCCUGGACCUGGCGGCGCAGAGCCUCUCGGUGGAGACGUGCGGCGCCCUGGGCCGGCUGCUGCCCGGCGCCGCGCCCUUCGCCGAGGUGGCGCUCGGCGACUGCGGCCUGAGCGAGGAAGGUGUGAAACUUCUGUUGCAUGGUCUGUGUUCUAACACCACGGUCAAAUCUUUGGAUUUGAAGGGAAAUAACCUGCGAACCAUGGGAGCUGAGGCUUUGGGAAAACUUCUUAGGCAGAACAAAUCCAUCAGGAGCCUAAUCUUGGAAUGGAACAGCCUGGGCGUGUGGGAGGAGGGCUUCUCCUUUUUCUGCCAGGGAUUGGGAGCAAACAACGUUCUCCAGCGACUAGAUCUGCGCAAUAACCAGAUCAACCAUCAUGGGGCAGGAGAGUUGGCCAUGGCACUGAAACGAAAUGCUAGCCUACAGGAGCUGGAUUUGCGUUGGAACAAUAUCGGGCUUCUGGGUGGCCGAGCUUUGUUGAACUGCCUGCACAGCAACAAGACCCUGAAGAGGCUGGAGCUGGCUGGGAACAACGUUCCCAGUGACAUCCUGAAAGCUGUGGAACAAGCCCUGGAUCACAACCAAGACCGUCAGACUAUCCUCAGUGAGACCCAGAACCGAGCUUGCAUGCUCAGCAAGGAGAUUUUGAGUCUGAAGGAUGAGAAGACCAAGCAGUUCCUAGAUUUGAUGGAUACUAUAGACAAACAGAGAGAAGAAAUAGCCAGGAGUGGCAGGAUAUCUGCAGGACGAGUCAGCCAGCUGCAGGAAGCAUUGAAGGAACAGCACUCUAUUAUGAAUUCACUGAAAGCCAAACUGCAGAUGACUGAAGCUGCCCUGGCUCUGUCUGAGCAGAAGGUGCACAAUUUGGGAGAGCUUCUGAGUGCCAUGAAACAGGAACAAGCCAACAUGGUUGAGCGCCACUUUGCAGAGCUCCAGCAGCAAAAGCAGGAAGGUGCUGAUCGGGAAGGGAAGCUUUUCCGUGACUUGUCUGCUUGCAGUGAGAAGAACUUGCUUCUAAGAAACCAGGUGGAUGAGUUGGAGAAGAAGUGCAAAGUCCAGCAGGAUCAGUUAUUCCUGCUGAAACAAGACUUGACCAACGCAACAGCAGAGCUGAAGCUGCGGGCUGUGCAGGCUGAGGAGCGCCUAGAAAUGGAGAAGAGAAGAUUAAAACAAAGUCUUGAAGACAUGGAAUCACUUCGGUUAAAAGAGGUGGAUCAUAUGACACAGCACAUGGAGGCCAGUGAACGUUCUCUGCAAGACAGGGUCCAGAGGCUGGAGGCUAUCAGGAUAGCUCUGGAAGAGGAGCUGAGCCAAGUCAAAGCAGCUGCACUCACUGAGCGAGGACAUGCAGAGGAAGAGUUAAUAAAAGUUCGUAAUCAGGCACGGCUGGAUGAGCAGCAACGACUAGAACAUCUAGAAGAGAAGCUGCGGCUGAUGACUGAAUCACGGGAUGAAGCUCAGAACUGCUGCCUUAAACAAAAACAAAUGGUUAGUGAGGCUCAAGCCAAGGCCAGUCAGUUGAGCCUGCACACUGAUGGACUCAGAAGGCGGAUAGAGGAACUUCAGCAGGACCUGAAUAGUAAGGAACAGGAGAAAAUGACAGAAGUGAAUAAAGUGAAAGUGGAAUUACAGGAGCAGAUUGGACACCUACAGGCUGAACGCACAGCACAGGAAGGGCUGAGAGAGAAGAUUGCAGCCCUGGAGAGAGAGCUGAAAGGGACGCCCAAACUUCCUGUACCAAUGCUGCUCUUCUUUCACAGUCUUAUCAAGAAAUCACCGGGAGGCACUGCUGGACAAAGAAGGUGAAAUCUCUGUGUUGCUGGAGAAGCUGAGAAUGAAAGAGGCUGCCAUCUCCAGGAUGAGGGAAGAAGAGGCCCAGCGAGCAAAUUUGUUGCAGAAUGCCAUCAUGGCAUAUGUGCAGGGCUCUCCCUUAAGAACCCACAGUUCUAGGAAAUGAAAGUGUGGCUUAAAGAAUCCAGAUACUUGCUGCCAGAAAGAGGGUGAGCAACUCAGGUACAGCCUCUUCUUUCUAAGCAGGAGAGUUUUGGGGGUGAGAUGAAGGCUUGCAAACUGAAAACCCUUCAUGGUUUUCAGAAACCUUGCUCCCAACAGCAUAGAGGAAAGGAGGAAGGAACCAGCCAAGGCUAGGAUAUAGAGGCUUGUGGGUCUGAGUUUUAUCUGGAGUCCUUCCCCUUGCAUUGCUACAGCAUUUGAAGCAAUUUCUGUGUUUUUUUACACAACACCAGUCUGUCAGCAUACCCUGUUGUUACCAGUUGGGUUGUAUGUUCCCUGAGAAGUGGUCAUUCUGAAACACUUGUCUGAAUGCCAGGGCUGUCUGUUCACAAUGAAACCUUGUAAAUGAUUGCUAGCAGUGUUUACAGUUCCCUGUAUUUGGGAGCCAUUUACUCUAAGCCAUGGGGCCCAGAAGCUACUGAUAGGGUGGAUCUUUUUUAUAGCCAGUGGUUACUGAUGCAAGCAGCAGCUGACAGGGCUCACUUUGUCUCUUUUACCCUGCUGCUCCAUGGCCCUGGCUGUAGUGAUGGGCAGUACAGGUGCUUUUGUUAUAUAUACGAACAGCUCUGUGGAGGACUGUCGUGCAGUGGCAAUCCAUAUCUGUGUUGGAUUCCUGGGUUUAGGACAAUGUUCAAGCCUCUACAACACCAACUGACAUAGAAAGAGAGAGUUCUGUGUUCUUCCUCGUGAACUGCAGCCCUUGACUAAAGUUCCUGUGACCAAAAUGCAACAAGAUUUAAUUCCACUAUGAGAAAUGGCAAAACUGUCCUCCUGGCUUCUCAGGAUCCUGGAACUGAGUGCUGGUUUUGGGGCCUUAUCCUAGAGAGGAGCGAUGGUUGACUCACCAGGGUGUGGAUGUGUUUCCUUUCCUGGCAACAGAAGUCUAUCAGGUGGCAAGCAGAAAGGGAAGGGAUGUGAGGGUCUGAAUCAGAGAAAGGGGAGAGCUCUGUCAGGACUCCAGAAUGAGAGCCUCCUGAUUCUUCAGUGAGUCUGUGGUGGGAGAAAUUAAUACUUUCAGAGGCAAGUGGAAAAUGAAACUUUGUAUGGACCAAUUGGUCUGUAUUUGUGGUUUGUUUGUCAUAACUCAGCUUUGCUUUGCUGUUUUAAUAAAGAGCUUUUGCAUUUUUCCGUAA